AAAAUCAGUAUACAGUAUCCAGGAAACAUCAACCCGUAAAUUAAUCAAUAAAUUAAUUGAGAAAUUUAGGCAUCAGCUGACACUACUCCAUACCAUACGCCCCAGCUUCUAUUUAAUCUUCCUCUGAAUUAUUCAAGAUAGAUAAGCUUUAAUGGCGGCAUGUUAGCGACUCCAAUCUCCUGAUCUAGAAUCUGAAUCUGAGAGUCGAAUUUGUCGGUUCAUCUUAUGACGGCGCGUACAAGAGGAAAUGGACUGGUUUACCCAGUUCUUGGAUUUGUGUCAGUGAUAGCAUUCAUCUACAUGUCAUUCGGUGAAUUCAUGAUCAAUGUCCAAAAGGGUACAACAAAUCAGUGGAGUUUUGUGCAGAGAAAUGGAACUCAUCUGACGGAGAAUGGUAAAGUGUUCUACAUAAACGGAUGGAAUUCGUACUGGUUAAUGGAACACGCGGUUGAGGAUUACAGUAGACAUAGAGUAAAAGAGAUGUUACAAGUGGGUGCUAAGAUGGGUUUAACUGUUUGUAGAACAUGGGCUUUUAAUGAUGGCGGUGGUUACAACGCACUUCAGAUCUCACCAGGUCGAUUCGAUGAACGUGUUUUCAAGGGAUUGGAUCAUGUAAUUGCAGAAGCGAGACAACAAGGAAUCAGACUUCUACUUUCUUUGGUUAAUAAUUUGCCUGCUUAUGGAGGAAAAACACAGUAUGUGAAAUGGGCAUGGGAAGAAGGUGUCGGUUUGAGCUCUUCAAACGAUUCAUUCUUCUUCGAUCCUUCUAUACGCCAUUAUUUCAAAAACUAUGUUAAGACUAUACUCACUAGGAAGAACACUAUAACUGGAAUUGAAUACAGGAAUGAUCCAACUAUCUUUGCUUGGGAGUUGAUUAAUGAGCCACGCUGCUCAACUGAUCCAUCUGGAAACACUCUUCAGGAUUGGAUAGAGGAAAUGUCGAAAUUUGUGAAGUCAAUUGACAAGAAUCAUCUGUUAACAGUAGGGCUCGAAGGAUUCUACGGUCCUAAAAGCCCCAAAGCAUCAUCUUUCAAUCCGGCUGAUUGGGCAGGAAACCUAGGUUCGGAUUUCAUCAGAAACUCGGAGAUCCCAACUAUUGAUUUCGCCUCUGUUCAUAUCUAUCCAGACCAAUGGUUUCAUUUUGGACAAGACAUGGAAGAGAAACUUGAAUAUGUGUCAAAAUGGAUGAUGUCUCAUAUAGAAGACGGCGACAAAGAGCUAAAGAAGCCAGUGAUGUUCACUGAAUUCGGUUUGUCAAAUCUGAACCACGGGUACGACCCUUCUCAACGAGACAGGUUCUACAAGACUGUUCUCGAUAUCAUGUACAGAUCAGCGAGAAAGAAGGAAUCGGGGGCAGGGACUUUCUUCUGGCAGUUCUUGGUUAAGGGAAUAGACGAGUAUAAUGAUGAUUUCGGUAUUGUUCCUUGGGAAAGGCCAUUUACACAUCAACUUAUUACCAAACAUUCAUGUAGAUUAGCAGCAGUAGUACAAGGAGCAAUGCCUUCACAGAUCAACAACAUUAAACAACUGUGCUCUGUCUAAAGGUAAUUGUUUCUGUUUUCACUACUAAAAUUGGGAAAUUCUUGUUUUUUUUUUUGUUUUUUUUGGGCCUGGGAUGAUAAAAUUGCUUUUGGGGAAGGAGUUUAGAUAGAACGAGUGUUACACAAUAUAUAUAAUAUAUAUAAUAAGAAGAAUAAGCUAAAGGAAUUAUUGUAUAAAUUUGAUAUUUGCAAUGGAAUGCAACUUCAGUUUUUUUA